UUGUCAAUCAAAUAUAUUUGUGACGUCGAGUGGAGUGCAUCCUCUAUGAAAGGUGCAUUUUAGUAUGUAUAAAAUACCAUGGUGGUUGUAAAUAUUUCUUCGAUGCAUUGUUGCAAUUUUUAUUGAUCAUGACUGUGUGUACAUAUUGUCGCGUAUGGUUUAAUACUACAAAUUUAUUAUAAGAGCAUCUUAAAUAUUAUUCAAUUUGUUGGCAAUGCGAUGUACGAAACUUUCAUUAGCGGUUACCGUUUGGCCGAUGUGUCACACGGCAAACCCUAUUAUGUUUACUGUAUCGAGAUCUUGGAAUCGCAAACCGGCACUCGAUACACCAUUGAAAGAAGAUAUAGCGAAUUUAGCGCGUUACAUCGCACGUUGAAGAAGGACAAUUCGGAUAUCGCGCCUUUUCCACCAAAGAGAGUAAGAAACUCGCAACCAAAAGUAUUAGAGCAACGACGAGCUGCACUGGAAUUAUAUAUACAAAAGAUGUUACAUUUAUUGGCAACAAAGCAGCAAGUUCUCAAUUUUUUAGGCAUAGAAGACCAGGGAUUUACAUCUCAUAAGAGGUUAUACAAAGCUACAAAUUGCUCGAUACACAAUCCAAAUACUCUAGGACAUCAUCCAGUCUUAACUUUUCACUGCGAUCCAUAUAUCCAAGCUGAUUCAACUAGCAGUCUUCCAGAUGUUGUAACCAAUGGUGUGUUAUUAGGUAUAUACAAAUCUUGAUAUUUCCAAUGUAUUAAAGAUAAUUUGCAAGGAUAUUAAUUAAAGGAUAAUAAUAAAUGCAUUUUUGAUAAGCGAUAAAAUCUAGUGAAAAGAAUGCAAUAAUAUACAAAUAAACAAAAUCUCU